AUGUCAGGACUAAAAAUUAAGGACGCUCCUAAAAUACAGGGAAAUUUAUUUCCAAAAACUGCUACUCGACUAUACCCCAAUCAUCACACCUCCAUCUGUGAAAUAUAUAUUAGCAGGUCAAAUAAAGGGGCAUUUAAGCCUGCAACUCAAAUGGAGUCUUUAGAAGAACCUCAGGGCUUGCAUGUCCAGAAGGAAAGCGUAUACGAUUUUAGUCCAAAAUAUCAAGAAAAUUUAUUAACAAAAAAAUCCAAUCAAUUAAAAAUUUUAGGUAACGCUCCUGUGACAAUGUGCAACAUAGAAGAUCACCAAAAACGACAACUUAUUUCUCGGAUUAGGCCAGCUAUCCAACGAAAGUCUAUCAAGCCUAAGGCGAAGCAAUCAUUAAUUUCCAGUCGAAGAAGUCUUGGCCUAUCACGGGUGAUGAAUACAGGAUUUUCUACUAAAGAUCCUCAUCAGAUUUCGAAGCACAUUCAAAUUGAUAAAUUUUCAGGAAAUGAUGCAAAAAAUAGCUUAUCAAGACAAGCCUCACCGGCGAAAAAACUCUCAAAGUUUCAUGAUUUCGAUAUAAAGACUACACUACCUACUUAUCAGGAGGUAGAUCAGAAAGACCCAGCCGUAAAUCAUUAUGACGAGCAGAUUAAAUCACGAGCACGUAAAGAUCAAUUACAUACUGAAAAAGAUAAGGAUAUACUAAGAAUUGCAGCCUGUCCAAUAAAAAGAAAGCCAAGACAAAAACUUGCUCGGAUUUUGCCAGGAGAAACAUUCAAACUAGUCGAUUCAUCAACCACAAAAGUUUUAAAAUUAACUAAAGCAUCGAAAGAUGAAGAAAGUUUGCACAAAGAUUCACCAAGCUCAAAAAUUUUACCUGAAUCUGAGAUGAGAAAGAUCUUAGAAAAUCCUAAAGUAAAAGAUGGACAUACGACUAUCAAUUAUGAUGAAGAUAUAGAAUCACAGCCUCAAAAUUACAAGUUAUUAUCUAACAAUAGUCUACCCCACAUGAGUGAUGAUGUUUCAAGAAAACAAAAAUAUCAGUCUAAAGGUCUUAAAACUAGAUCCGUGGCACCAAAGCUAGAAAUAACUGCCAGAAAAUCUUCCACCACUCUUCCUACGGCCGAUAAGAUUAGAGAAAUAGAAUCUUUCACAAGUAAAACCGGUAAUUGUGACCUUGAAAAAGUAAAUAUUCAUCAUAAAAUUCAUAAGACGGUCACUUCAUCAAACACUGACCUUAUCACCAAAUCUCCUGAAAAAAACAUUUCUUUAAUCGGAAAUGACGGCAAGAUAAUUCCGUCUCUCCUUAACCCUUUGCAAGAACCUAGCAAUUUUGAGCUCUUAAAGGAAUUGGUUGUCUCAAAGGUCCCCGAAAAUAAAACUGAUCAGAAGUAUAGAAAAAGAAAUAAGAGUGAAGAAGAUGCCGAUUUUGGUUCGAAAAAAAAGUGCAAGACUAAUACGAGACCUUACAAAGAUUCUCUCACAAAAACAGUUUCUAGAAACAAAAAACCUUGUAAGGUAGAAGGGUUCCAAAAAUCAGAUGAAAUAAAAUCAAAAAUGAAUGAACCCGACUUAUCAACUUUCCAACGGCCGAUGUGCUUGGUACAAUUGGAUAGGCUGAAAAACAAGCCAUCACUAAACAGCGGAGGGUCUAAAGCAGAAAGAAGAGAGCUAAAUUUUCUAGAUGAUAGUUCUUCUGAUUUUUCAGAUAAUCCACAGCUUACUAGAACUAGACCUACAGUGGGGUGCAACCAAAACAAAAAAUUAUCACCAAACAUCUUACUUAAAUACCACAAAGAAAGUUGUAGUGAAAGGGCUUUUGUUAUUUCCAAAGACAUUGCUACUAAUCAGCGUCAGAAAAGUAAUGCUGGCGGAAAUCAUGAUCGCCUUUUGCAGCAAAAUGAACCAGGUACACUCUCCAAGGAACAAAAUACUACCAAAAUAGUUAGUUCAAAUACUCCUAUAACUUCGUCAAAGGAACAAAUCUCAAAUCUCAAGAAAAUCUCCUCAAACAAUGACCUCAUAGCUAUUCAAACUCCAAAACCUUCGCAGAACUCAGCUUUGAAAGGUAAAUUAUCUGCAGAACACGAUAUAAAUAAAAACACUUACAAUAUUUCACGUCUGAGUGGUACUAAUCCUAUAAAUCUCAAGCCAGUUAUUCGGAAAAAAUAUCGGAGGACUAGGGUUACUCAGAAUGGAAGUCCGAUUGGAGGAGAAGAAAUCGAACUUCAUCCUAUUAAAAAUCUCGGGAUUAAUAUUUUAUCCUUAGAAGGUCACCAACAGCCAAAGAAAAACGUCGUGUGUCAGGCUUGCGAAUUAUCUGCCCCAUUCGGGCCAAAAUGUUCCAUUUUAAAGCGAGUAAAGGCAGGACCAUCAUCCCCGGAAGCAGCUCCGACAGGAUUAGUAUUACAUAAAACUUCUGAUGAUAUUAGUUAUACUGACAUCAAUAACCAUCAAGUUAUCUCACAAAAGAUUCUAAGGGAUCCAUUUUACAUUCAAGGGCCGUCUUGUGGGAAUAAAUCUUCUAUAGAAUCAUCUCCGGAUCCUAUUUCAAAGACUUCUACAGAUUCUACAGAAAAGAAAUCCCGACUGCAUAAAGUAUCUAUUAAUCCUAGUUUAAGACAGUAUGUACAAGAUAAUAAACUUUCACCAUGUAAGCAAAAAAACAAACAAAUAAUUCAGGACACACAACAUAUAUCACGAAUUUGUUCAACAGAGGAAGAAAAAUUCGCCCAAGAUAGAUGGAAUUCAGCACUUCGCCCUCAUUAUCAAGGAAUUCAUAAUGCAGUUCAAAGAAUCGUCGAUGAAAUCAUUUUAAGGUUGGUACAAGAAGAGGAUAGAAUGUCGUUGCUUGUGAAUCAAUAUAAGGAAAAUGGUGGCAAAAUUAUCAAUAAACUCUCGAUAGAUCACACGAGAGAACGAGAUUCAAUUAUGAGGUGCUUAGAUGCGAAGAUAGAUGAAAUAUUACGCGAUCAGAGUGCUGCUCAGUUCACUUUUCUGGAACAUAACGAAAGAAUUAAAAAGAGCGCGCUAAGCACAAUCGAGGAAAACUGGGAGAAGAGGCAAGAUGAUAUUCAAAUAGCUAUUUCGGAGGGUAGAAUAAACUCGACGUAG